GCCCUCUCACCCACUCGCACACACGUUCUAUUCUAGUGAGGCCACAACCAUGCUGAGUGUGCAGCUCUGAACUGCCGAUUCAUCAAUUCCAAUGUGUAGAUUUCCAUAUAUAAAGCCCCAAUGGCCCAUCACGCUUCAGCCCCUAAUACUGCAUUCUCAGGUAAGGUCUGUGGCUGGAUGUGUCCGUCUCUGGGUUUGUGGAAACUGGGAACUUAAAACUGACAGGGUUACUCACUAACAUAUGAAUUGCCAGGAAUCCAACGUGAAUUCACAUUAUAGGACAAAUAAGUCUGAAUGUUUACCUCUUCGGGUUCUUUGACUUAAAACAUGAAAUUCACUUUUAACUCAUUUUGGACUCCGACACUACACACACAGUUAAAUAUUUGGGGAAUUGCAGUGAAUUGAAAACAUACAGGGUUAUUUACUAAAGUGAGAAUUCAAAGUGUAUUUCAAACUUGUGUCAAAGUAGCCAAACUGGGAGAAAUCCUCGAACUCAGCUGUGUUUCCGCUCAAAUUUGAAAUUCACUUUAAAUUCUCACUUUAGUGAAUAAUCCUGAUAAUAUACAAACUUCAGGUCAACAAAGUGAAUCUGGAAUAAAACGAUAUGAUCCCAUUAUGUUUACUUUUAGAAUAAAUAUAGCAAAUAUAUUCUACCGAUAACUUCAAUUCACCAUUUAGUGAAUAAAUCCCCAUGUGUUUGAUUCUGCUGUUCUGGAUAAAAUGGCUUUGAAUAGAUGAACAUUUUGCUUCUGAUGUACAGAUCACUAAUACUCGGGAUAUUUCUGGAGUAUAUUUACCCCUUCUAUGCCAUAGGAUGGAUUUUCUGAGGAGAGGUAGAUUGCGCAUGGCCUUCUUCCCCCUGUUUUGGGUUACAUUUAGAGUGAAUUGAUCUUCUGAGAAGUAUUUUUUAUUUUUUUUAUUUUGUGUAUUCAGCUGUGGGGUUACAAUCUUGGCAAAGCUUGCUUUCCUAACUGGGGACUGGGGGAUAGAAAGUUUUAGACCAAUCUAACUGAAUUUGAGAAUUUAUACAGUUUAGCUUUUGCAGUCUAAAUCUUGCCGUUUUCCCGUGAAUAGCAGUAAAUAGCUACUUAUCGAAAAAGAGAAGUCAGGUCUAAAUUUGGCUUCUUCAAACCUGUUCUCAGAAUCCUUCAGCAUUAGCAUUCCAUAAUGUCUCGAUGUACCAGCUUCACGGGACCGUUAAUCACUAUUAUUUAUUGAGACAUCUGUGAUACAUAAAGCAUAUUCUUUAUAUCUUGGCUUAUUGGCGACUUCUGAGGUCUGGCAGUUGGAACUUGGCUGUGACAUCUCUGAACAAAUACCUAACGACUUCUGCUAAACUGGGUUGACACGUGCAGAAUAAGACCACUCGUCGCUUUGUGAACAAAGUAUAUUCCUCUUCUUCCUUAGAGAAUCACAAUGAGCACCCAACCAAUGGAGACUCUGGGCCAGUGGAAGGUAACCGUGUGGGAGGAAGAAAACUUUCAGGGAAAGAGAUGUGAGUUCCUUAUCGAAUGCUCCAAUAUCAUGGAUCGAGGUUUCCGCAGAAUCCGCUCCAUCAAGGUGGAGAAUGGCCCGUGAGUCUCACUGUAUAUCCUGUACUACCUGUGUCACUAUACGUCCUGUACUACCUGUGUGAUAUCGUGCUCACUGAUCACUAUACGCCCUGGACUACCUGUGUGAUAUCGCUCACUGAUCACUAUACGUCCUGUACUACCUGUGUGAUAUCGCUCACUGAUCACUAUACGUACUGUACUGCCUGUGUGAUAUCGUGCUCACUGAUCACUAUAUGUCCUGUAAUACCUGUGUAAUAUCGUGCUCACUGAUCACUAUACGCCCUGUACUACCUGUGUGAUAUCGCUCACUGAUCACUAUACGUCCUGUACUACCUGUGUGAUAUCAUACUCACUGAGCACUAUACGUCCUGUACUACCUGUGUAAUAUCGUGCUCACUGGUCACUAUACAUCCUGUACUACCUGUGUGAUAUCGCUCACUGAUCACUAUACAUCCUGUACUACCUGUGUGAUAUCGCUCACUGAUCACUAUACGCCCUGUACUACCUGUGUGAUAUCGUGCUCACUGAUCACUAUAUGCCCUGUACUAUCUGUGUAAUAUCGUGCUCACUGAUCACUAUACACCCUGUACUACCUGUGUGAUAUCACACUCACUGAUCACUAUACGCCCUGUACUCCCUGUGUGAUAUCGCUCACUGAUCACUAUACGUCCUGUACUACUUGUGUGAUAUCACACUCACUGAGCACUAUACGUCCUGUACUACCUGUGUAAUAUCGUGCUCACUGGUCACUAUACAUCCUGUACUACCUGUGUGAUAUUGCUCACUGAUCACUAUAUGUCCUGUACUACCUGUGUGAUAUCGCUCACUGAUCACUAUACGCCCUGUACUACCUGUGUAAUAUUGUGCUCACUGAUCAUUAUACGCCCAGUACUACCUGUGUGAUAUCACACUCACUGAGCACUAUACGUCCUGUACUACCUGUGUAAUAUCGUGCUCACUGGUCACUAUACAUCCUGUACUACCUGUGUGAUAUCGCUCACUGAUCACUAUACUUCCUGUACUACCUGUGUGAUAUCGCUCACUGAUCACUAUACUUCCUGUACUACCUGUGUGAUAUCACACUCACUGAUCACUAUACGCCCUGUACUACCUGUGUGAUAUUGGAGACUUGGCGAGAGAUAUAUAAAUCAAUAUAUAACAAUAAUAGUUAGACUUUAUUAUCAUUAUAUCAAUCAAUAUAUAAUUAUAGUUAGACUUGGAGAUAUAUAAAUCAAUCAAUAUAUAAUAAUUAUAAUAACAGUAAGACUUUAAUAGGAAUUGUUAACUAAAUUGAUUGGUUAAUUUCCCGAACAUGUUGAGGUCGGUUCGUGAUUUGUGGCACCCAAAAAAAAAUUUGAUGACUGAUAGAAAAAAGAAUGAUUGAUAGCUCUGGGACAGUCACUAAAUGGUGAUUUUAUUCACAGAUCAAUUGAGAAGUUCGAAAUGUAUAAAUACAGAUUAGUUUUGUGAAUUCGCCUCCUGUUUUUCCGUCAAUUGUUUACUUAUUGUCAUUUGAUCUGUGACCGAAAUGGUUGGAAGAUGCUCCUGUCAGUGUACGGCAAGAUACUAUGUAUAGAGUUUGGAGCACACAGAUUGGGCCAUUUUAAUGUUCUUAUUUGUUUUUCUGAUUCCGUUUCGGAAUCGGAAUCUCGUUUACAUAAUUCUGUCGAUCUGAACCUAUAUUCAGGUGUCCUGAAAUUUUCCUAUUUUUGGGGAAAUGGUACCGCCAAGACAAAUAUUGUCGCUGUGCACAAAUCUAAUAAUAUUAAUAACAAUAAUAAUAAUGAUAUGCCCUCACACAAGGGAAGAACAGGCCACGCUAACACAUUCAGUAACUUUACUUUUACAGGUGGGUAGGAUUUGAAUACCCUGAAUUCCAGGGGCAGCAGUUUAUCCUGGAGAAGGGCGAUUACCCUCGCUGGGAGGCAUGGAGCGGAAACAGCGGCUACAGAACCGAGCAUCUUCUCUCCUUCCGUCCUGUGAAAUGCGCAGUGAGUGUCCCCUCGCCGUGUAAACCUAUAUCUAGGACAAUCACAUUACCGCCGUUCUCAUUAUCCUCACACAUGGCAGCGAUUUAUUAUCUAGAGCUUGUUCUCCUAUUAUCGUGCUGUUUACUCUCUAACAUCACUUCCUCCACCUGUUCUAUUAUCUCUUGGGUGCUUUAAGUUAGCAGAACGCACUGCGUCUCUCUAAUCCGAGAGUAACUGGAGUGUGUUAAAGGUCAACGCGCCUUUAAUCUUUAUGGUUCUUUUUUCUUUUCCCUUAACAGUUCCCCUUCUCUUUAUCAGUUCGUUGCUGCCUUUAGCUCCUGAAAAAUAGAACAGUUUAAAAACAGUUUUUCUAAAAUGUCAUAGUGUUUAUGUUUGUUAACAGAAUGUUGCUUUUUCCAAGAGAUAUUUACAUAUAGGAUACAUGGAGUGCGGCUUCAAUGUCUAAAUAGUUUAUUCAUUAAACGAGGAAUUUAACAUUAGUUUGUUUUUUCAUUGUGUCCACUAAUAGCCAAUCAAUGUUACAAUGUCUCAUGAUUCCUUGGAUAUUUCAUGGCUCCCUUGCUAUUGUUUCUGUUCUCACAAAUAUACCAAUUUUACCUCUUCCACGCCGCAGAACCACAGUGACAGCAAAGUAACCUUAUACGAAGGAGAAACCUUCCAGGGUCGCAAGUUUGAGCUAUGUGACGACUACCCCUCUCUGCAGGCCAUGGGCUGGUGCUCUAAAGAAGUCGCCUCUGUCAAAGUCAACUCUGGCGCGUAAGUACGAAACAGUGAGCCUCAAAGCAUCAUGGGAGUUAAUUGCCAAUAAACUCAAUUCCUUUUAAAUAUCUUUUUCCAUUUAGUUUGAAACUUAAUCAGUUCGUAAAUGAAUCUUUACAACAACCACAGCCCUGCAGAUUGCAUUAAAUAUCUUUAUUUUUUUUAGCAAGCUGAAGGGUUGUGACUGGUUUCAUAAAAAUAUUAAUUCUAAGUAUCCGUAUCGCCAGAUGCGAGGGACUCUCAGAAUAUCAAGUUACUGGGGUGGUACAGCUGUUAAGGCGUAAUGGGUGUGUCCUAAAUCAGUAGAGGACAGAAUCUUCCAAUGGAAACGUUAGGCCAUUUUAAGGCAAUUUCGACUUUUAAACAAAGAAAAAUAAUAUAUACAUAUUGCAAACUGCAUCUGUGUUAUGAAUCUGUGUUCUCCUUGGGGGAAAAUAGCCAUUCUGAUUUUCUUGAUAUUGCAAUGAUAUUGUGUUGAAUGCUUUUUCCCUGAAUUUACUGUUAACAGACAUUUUUCUUUUAUAUAUUCACAAAUAAUCUAAUCUUUAUAACAACCACACCCUUCGGUCUCUCUAGGAUCAAAGGUACUUAAUGCAGACAGCGGGUGUGCUUGUUACUAUAUUUGAUUUCUUAGCAGCAGCAAUCCUAUAGCAGUUACACGUAUAUUACGUGAAUAAGUGAUUUAUACGGAUUUCCACCAAGCCCUCAGCUAUGUGUAUAAAUAUAUGAGAGUUUAGGUAUUUCAUUCACAGACAAUUUAGUGCAUUUGUCAUCCACUCCCCAAUGUCCUGAGUCCUUUACUAAAGAGGUUGAAAAAACUAUAGUUCAAAUAAUUUUUUUUCCCUCCUCAGUCACUUUAGCUUAAAUUCUGCAAGAUAGCUGUUUGCGGGCCACAAUUCCACGUUUAGUGGAUACCCCUCUCUCCCCCAUGUGUUAAAAUGCUAAUAAUUUCUAUCGUUUUCCCAUCAUGCAGCUGGGUUGCAUACCAGUACCCCGGAUACAGGGGGUACCAAUAUGUGCUGGAGAGAGACAGACACAAUGGCGAAUACAGAAACUACAAUGAAUACAGCACUCAAGCUCACACUAACCAGAUCCAGUCCAUCCGCAGGAUCCAACACUAGGGAAGAUCACAGCCAGCCAACAGGCAGACCACAAAAUCUUCUCCCAGUCACCAUCCGCUGCUGUGCGGUGACUAGGGGCCUGAACUCAUAGCCUUCGUACUAGUCAUGUUUACAGCAAAAAUAAAGAGCUCUUUAAUCAUAAACUGC